AUCCAAACAAAGGAAUUGUUUAAAUUCCUGGACGGACCCGAAUUUGGGCCAAAUCCCUGCCCACUUUCCUGGAUCCAAACGACCCCGUGAGGAAUUUGGGUUCAAAUUCUUCUUUUAAAAAUUCAAAAAGAUUAACUGAAUUGAUGGUAACAUUUAUUUAUUUGUUUACGUAUGUUGAAUUUAAACUCAAAUUGUUGAACGAUAAAUUUGUCCUCGUGUUCUUGCUUCUACCUCUUUCUCCCGUAGGAAGUUGAAUACUGAGAUCAAACUCGAUUGCCAAAAAUUAGAUCGAAAACACACAAAAUUAUCCUUCAUCAAUUAUCUCUCUCUAUGUCAUACUUGCCUUCCACCUUAAGCAACAUCUUAAACUUAUUGCUACUUUUUCUUUACAUAGUAUGCAGCCUUUCAUGCAAGAUCAAUACGUUAUAGUCUACUUGUAAAGGGUGCGACCGCAACAAUUAAAUAUCUUGUCACAGACUUCAUUUUUCAGGACAAUGAUGAUUGUGAGGUGGAAAAUUACACGUAAUUAAGUAUUAUUAUUUUAAUUUAGAAAACACUCAUUUAACGGUCAAAUAUGAUAAUUAAAUUUCACGUAGGACACAAUUAAUAGAGUUGCAAGAAUAGUGGUCAUUGGCGAAACGAAAAUGUAAAGUUAUCAACCACUAAUACAAUAAUAAUUUGAAAGUAACAAAUAUAAAAUAUACUUAUAAACAUAGUAAUAGAUGUGUCAUUUAGUCAUCAUAUUCUCUUAAAAAAAACUGAGCGCAAAGUGGCCACCAACAAGAUGUGUGGGUGGCAUACAAGAGCCGAUUCAAUGAGGUUAAUUGCCGUUAGGGGUGUCAGUUCGGGUCGGGUUCGGUUAUCCAAACUGAAACAAAAAAAAAUCCGAAAACUCGAAAUCGAAAAUUACUAAAACCGAACCCGAACCCGAUAAGGACUUGCGGGUUCGGGUUUGGUUAAAGCAAAACCGAAACCCGAAAAUCCGAACACCUAAAAAUACGGGCUGAGUUCUAUUCAUUGGAGGUUUUUAGCAGGAACCGAAAAAUCGAUAAGCAAAACCGAAGCCAAAACCGAAAACCCGAAACCCGAAACGAACCCGAACCCGAAAAACAAAAAAUGUAUAUAAUCGGGUCGGUUUCGGGUAAACCCGAAAAACCAAACCCGAAUUGACACCCCUAAUUGCCGUUGUGGAGUCCGUCUGCACUAUCACCUUCUGACACCCCGUUUCCAUGUUAUCUGUAGGCAUUCAUAUUUUACGAGCUACAAAAUUUUAUUCAUCCAUCGACCAUCAAUUUAACUAUCACCAAAAUCAAAGCAAAACAUCAAACUUCACAAACUUGGCUAAGUGUUUUGGGCCUUCAACUUGCCCAUUUGGGCUACGUAAAAACCGAACUCCAAAAUGCUCCAACAUCCGGCCUUCAAUCUGCCUGCCCACACUAAAGUGGUUUGUUAAGACGUAAAGUUCAGUAGCUGUUUUAGCAAUAACCUCAAAUUACAGUGAUCAUAAAUGUGCGGUCUAUACUAUUUGGAAAACUUCAUCCUUGGUUGCAUCUUUCCGCAUUGUUGAGUGACUUGAGUCUCGCCUAGGGUUUCUGCUGCUUUCUCAACUCCGUCCGCCAUGGCCAAGAGAACGAAGAAGGUUGGUAUUGUCGGCAAGUAUGGAACUCGUUAUGGUGCUAGUCUGAGGAAACAAAUUAAGAAGAUGGAAGUUAGCCAGCACAGAAAGUACUUCUGUGAGUUCUGUGGCAAGGAUGCUGUGAAGAGAAAGGCCGUGGGGAUUUGGGGGUGCAAGGACUGUGGCAAGGUCAAAGCAGGAGGUGCUUACACCAUGAAUACUGCCAGUGCUGUGACUGUGAGGAGUACCAUCCGCAGGUUGAGGGAGCAGACGGAGAGUUAGAUGUGAUGAAUCUAUUUUGUUCAAGAUUUUUGAUGAUUCGUUAGCUGUCAACAACGUCUGCUCGUUUCAUUUCGGGUUGAUUUACUUUCCGAAUGCUGUAGGAUGUAACGAAUGAAACAGAGAUUGUGAUACUGAUGAAAGCUGUCAGCAGAGUUUCUAUGCUAGACUUGUCUGCUGUUGCCUUCCAUUUGUGAUGUUUGUAAGUUUAGUUGGUCUUAUCAGUGCGGUUGAUCUUCUUCUGCUAGUAUUAUCUUACUAGGUUUGUUUAAUGUACUUAGGUAUUUCAGGACAGAAAUAUGGUGAGUGGUGACCCUUGAGCUAAAGUUGUUUCGAUAGGAAUAAAAUUAGAGGUAAAGUGGAGUAUAUAAAGUGUAAUUUUCUACAGAGCUAGAAAAUUAGUGGGUCAAUGUAGGGGUCGUUUUGAAGUUUGCAAUUGUUAAAUAGAUGUAUUGUUGAGAAUGCAUGUAUAAUAUUAUACAUGUACUGUCGAAUUUGAUGCAUUGUAGAAUACAACGUUUGGUAUGUAUGAUUGUGUAUGUCGCAUCAGCUAAAAGUUGAGACAAAACAAUCUCAACUCAACUAUCUCAACAAUCACAAUUAAAAGUUGAAAUAUAACAAUCACUCAAAAUGAGUGAUAGUUUCUGUCACAUUACAGAAAUAAUUCAUGUAUUGUUUCUGCUAAAAAAAACAAAAAAACGAUGCAUUGUAAACAAUACAUGCAUAAUGACAAUCUCAACAAAACUAUCACAACUUCCAAACGAUCCCGUAAUUCCCUUUCCAGCCAUACAUAUUACAUCCUUAUUUUAAUGAAAGACAUACUGGUCAGUGGUCAUCUUCUCACGUGUAUUUUAAGCAAGGAUUGUAAAAUCGUGUUGCUAGAAAUGACAAUCUUGGCUCGGUCCGAUAGGUUGUAUUUGAUGCAUUUUGUUUUUCUCUUCAUUCACACAAAAUAAACAGGUCAAUAUGCGUGCACCUGUUGGUACUCCAGAUAGUUCAAGGACAUAUCUUAGGCAAACAAACAUUUAGAUUAUUCAAGGACGUAACAAGUAGUUAAUUUGCAUGCACCUAUUGGUGCUCGACAUAAUUUAAUGACAUAUCUUAGGUAAACAAACAUUUAGGUUAUUCAAGGAUAUAUCAAAGUACAAAUGGAAUUCAUUUAAUCUAAACAACUAAAAAUAUUAAUUUGUAAGGAAUGAGAAAACAAACGAAAAAAGAAGAAGAAAUUUCGAUAGUGGGAUACAUAUUGAUUUCUCCAAAAAUCAGCUUCUACGUUUGAUUUGUUGGAAAAUUUCCAUUUACUUGCUUCAAACUUUUAUCUUUAGCUCGUAGGAGAAGGUAGAAAAAGUUUCAAAAACAUAGGGGCAAACCUCUUUAUAGGCAACUUCACGACUCUAAAACGUGAUCCCAAACACAAACGUGUUCCUCUUCAGGUGAGACAUUGACAAAUGACACGAUCGUGCUCCAAACCGUGCUCAUUUCGAAAUGUGCUUCUUGUUGUUUUGAUCUUCUGCAUCUCCAGGUGAGCGAAUAUUGGAAUUCGACACGACGCGAUCGCUUUAGGUUGCACCGACCUCAACAUUUCAAUCCCAAAAUUGUUUUAAAUGAAUACCACACUCGUCUAGAACUCCAUAAUUUUGCUUUUUAGUGCAUUUCUUGCCAAACAUAAUCCAAUUCAAUCUAAACCGCCUGGAAACACACCUCAGCACGACACAAAGUGAAACAUAAUCCAAUUCAAUCUCCAACCUCAUGACUUUAAAGUUUAAUCAUCUCCCAAAGUAGAUUAUUUAAUGUUUCACUAAAACAAGUGAAAAGUA